AGGGGUUGAUGACAAGUUUCUUAUGUCUCUAGAAGAUGCUGUAGCUGAUCCCUAAGUGGAAAAACUGCGGAGAGGGUUUCAAACGAGAUGGUUUUGAGAAAUAGAUAGAAAAGAACUGAAGAAACAUCAGGACCAUCAAAUAUAUAGCACUAUGCUGGUGACUGUGUAUCUUGCCAUAAUCAUCCUGCUGGCCCUGUGUGCUGGCCUUGAGAUCACGGCACGCCGCCUCACCCCUCCUCAGCCUGCUCCCACGGCUGUAGCCAACCCAUCUUUCCGCCAUUUUCAGACUUUAUUCCUCCGGGCCUACCUGUUAGCCUUGUGGUCGGACUGGCUUCAGGGUCCCUACCUCUACAAACUCUACCGCCACUACAGCUUCCUGGAGUCACAAAUAGCUAUCAUAUAUGUGUGUGGUCUGGCGUCCUGUAUUCUGUUCGCUCCCGUUGCUGGCUGGCUUCCACAAGCCCUGGGCCGCAGACAUACAUGCUUGCUCUUCUGCGUGGCCUACUCUGCCUGCUGUCUCACAAAGCUGUCCAGGGACUACUUUGUUUUAAUCAUUGGCCGUGUCCUGGGAGGCUUGUCCACUUCCCUGCUCUCCACCACAUUUGAGGCUUGGUACGUGCACCGACAUGUAGAUGUCCGUGAUUUUCCCAAGGAAUGGAUCCCCAGUACCUUUAAUAAAGCUGCUUCCUGGAACCAUGGGCUUGCUGUGGGAGCAGGGCUGGUAGCUAACCUGCUGGCUGAUUGGCUCCACCUGGGACCGGUGGCUCCCUUCCUGUUGGCUGUGCCCUGCCUGGGAGCCUGUGGCUGGGUGGUGCUGACAGACUGGGGCAGGGAGGAGGCAGAGGGAAGUCUGGAGGGUGACAAACAGACACUACUAGGUGCACCCAAUGUACCUCUAACCCACAUGUCUGCCAGGACCAGGUUUUGGCGUAGCUGCCAAGAGGGGUUGCGUUGUUUGCUGUCAGAUAGAAGAGUGAUGAUCUUGGGUGGUGUGCAGGCCCUGUUUGAGAGCGUCCUCUACAUCUUUGUCUUUCUGUGGACCCCAGUGUUGGACCCCCACGGCCCUCCUUUGGGCAUAGUGUUUUCCUGUCUCAUGGCUGCCAGCAUGGCUGGCUCCUUGCUCUACUGUCUGGCCACCUCCACUCACUACCGUUUGCAGCCUGGCCACUUACUCUGCCUGGCUGUACUGAUGGCCUUCUUCUCCUUCUUCAUGCUAACCUUUUCCACCGCUCCAGGCCAGCCCAGACCUCAUGAGUCCCUGUUGGCCUUCCUGCUGCUGGAGCUGGCCUGUGGCCUUUAUUUCCCCGCAGUCAGCUUCCUCCAGGCCAGGGUGAUCCCAGAGGAAAAAAGAGCUGGUGUGUUGGCCUGGUUCCGGCUUCCUCUGCACCUGCUAGCUUGUCUGGGGCUUCUGGCACUCCAUGGGGAAGUGUCAGGAACAGGUGGAGGGGAAGGAGGCAGUGGCACCAGGCACAUGUUUGGGGGCUGUGCAGUAAUGAUGCUGGCAGCUCUCCUGGCAGUGGUCAGUCUAUUCACCAUGGGCAGGAAUGACACAGACUUGAGACUGGAGGGAGGCAGAGGAGAGGGGGAGUAAGGAGGAGCAGGCAAAGGACCAGUAAUCCUGUUACAGCUUGACUGAUUAAGAAUGAACAUUGCCAUUUUUGUAAAACUGAAAGUGCACGAAUGCCUAUGUUCUACAAGAAUGAGUCGACUUUAGUUUUGCCAAAAUCCGUGCAAUCAUGGCCCAAAUGAUAGUCCAAAUUGUAGUAGAUUACAGUCAGAUUGAAAGUACAGUUUUAUAUUUGUUUUCCCGGUGAUGUUCCCAGUUCCCAGUUCAUAUCUGAACUGGGAAAGUUUUCAUUCAGAUACUAUAGACUUGCUCUCAUCUGAGCCCUGUCAGUCUGUGGAAUGAUAUUCUCCAGGAGGGUAAUAUCUGGAAAAACCCAUACUGAAAAACACAUUGUUGUCAAUUGUACUGUCGGAAACCUCAUUCACCGCAUCAGACUUCAGCGGACAGUUUGAGAGAGACGCUUUAAUGUUGUCCAUCCACAGACAGGAGGGACAGUGUCAGUGUUUUUGAUUUAAAAAAAAACAAAAAACGCAAGGCUGGAACUUACAAAGAGUUGAUUUAAAACACAUGGAAAUGAGGCUAUCAGUGUCAACUGGACCGUUAUCAGCAGAAAACUUCAUUUAUUACACCUUGGUUGCAAUCAAAUUAUUGUUUGGACUUUUGUGUAUUUUACUUGAAAAAGGAAAUAGUAAGUGGUUGUUUUUGUUCUGCAGUUUUUUUGUUUUUGUUUUUUAGUUCAGCAUUUUUGUUUAAAAUCUCACUACCUGUU